UCUCCUCCUCCUCCUCUUCCUCCUCCUCGUCUUCCUCCUCGUCCUCAGCAGCAGCAGCAGCAGCAGCAUCAUGCCGGCUCCUCUACUCGGAGAUGUGUUCCCUAACUUCGAAGCCGAGACCACCAUCGGCAAAAUCAGACUCCACGACUACCUGGGAGACUCCUGGGGCAUCCUGUUCUCGCACCCGCGGGACUACACUCCCGUCUGCACCACCGAGCUGGGGCGAGCCGUCGCGCUGAGUCCGCAGUUCGCUAAACGCGGCGUGAAGAUGAUCGGUCUGUCCAUCGAUAGUGUCGAGGAACACCAUGGUUGGAGCCAGGACAUCCUGGCCUACAAUAAUGACGAGACCGUCUCCAGGUUCCCGUUUCCCAUCAUAGCAGAUGGUAAGCGUGAGCUGGCCGUGGAGCUGGGCAUGCUGGACCCGAACGAGAAAGACCAGUCCGGUAUGCCGCUUACUGCUCGAUGCGUGUUUGUGAUUGGUCCCGAUAAGAAGUUAAAGCUCUCACUCCUCUACCCGGCCACCACGGGGCGAAACUUCAACGAGAUUCUACGAGUGAUCGAUUCCUUGCAGUUAACAGCGUACCAGCGGGUGGCGACGCCCGUAGACUGGAAGCCGGGGGAUCGGGUCAUGGUUCCACCUAGCAUCCCAGAGGAAGAAGCCAAGACCCUGUUCCCUGCUGGAGUGUACACUAAGGAGCUUCCAUCCGGGAAGAAGUAUCUGCGCUACACACCACAACCAUGAACUACGGAACCGGACAGAACCUCAGACAAAACCCAAACCCUUUGGUCCCAAAGGACCAAGGAACUGGACGAGACCAAACGGAAACGGACGAAAUAAACAAACCGGACGGACCCGAGCGAUCACAAGCUGCAUUCACGACUCGGAUUGAACUCGAGCUACCAUGAAAUAUUUCACUUGACGACGCAGCGUUCUGACCAAUCACCACUGAGAAACUUCCCGCACUGCACCCCGAACUCCAUAAAGACGACGCGGAACCGAAACCCGACCGGCUCGAGACGUGACGUCAUACACCUUUAGGACAAGAAAUGUAUGUAGAGCAUUUUGUGUAACGUACUACAACUUCACACCCGGUUUAACACCUUUUACGUUUCGGACCUUUGUGAAGAUCGUGUUUACGGACACGCCCACUUUUUAAUUAUCAUUUAGAAUGUAUAUCUAUAGAGUGAUAAAGUGCCAGUGAAAUCAUUUUUAAAAUCUUUUUUAUUAUUAUUAUUAUUAUUAUUAUUAUUAUUUACUCACAAAUGGCAAUUAAAUACAAAAAAAAAAAAAAAAAAAAAGUGUUCAUUCAAAUCCUUAAACAUUUGCAUUUAAGGACUUCAUCGUCCACUCUGGGAUUAUAACCGGACUGUAAAUCAGAUCAGAGCGACCCGGAUUGACCCGGUCACGUUUCUCACUUCACCUACGCCGGUUUUAUCAUUACGAAAUUUUAAAACGCGGUCAGGUCGAUGCCACAGAUAUCCGUGACCAGGAGUCCGACGGCGAACGCCACCACGGAGUCGGAAUUACGAGUGGGAAAACUUUCUUCGAGCUCCGAGUUGGAAUCGACGGACGCGACGUUGAUGUUAAAUCUGUUGAAAUGCGACGUUCCCUCGUCCCAAAAGCCGAUUUCUGUCAUUAUACAUUUGCUUCGUGCAGUUAAAAGUUAUCGUAGGACUUUAAAUUUAAAAAAUAAAUAAAUAAAUAAUUGACAAUGAAAUCAUUUCCUGCGCAAAAUACGACAGCGUUGUACAAUUACGGUACAGUUUGCAGCGAUGAAGUUUACAGCGG